UUGGAGGAAUCAGGAAUUUGAGCUAUAGGGUUUCAGUAUAGGCAUUUAGUAGUCUAACCGCGUGACUGACGCGACGCAACAGACGCAUGUGCAGCUACACACACCAACAAUUAAUUGCAAUCAGUAGGAAAUGUGUUUGUUUUUUCAGUGCACCGCAAGUUUGAUCAAAGCUGUAAAUAAUCGAGUACAUUCAGUGUGAUUGUUUGAGUGUUUUCUGCGAAUCCGACGGGUCUUUAUUUGUUUGUGAAAAAAAGCUUGUGCGUGGGUUCUAGAGGACUUUCCAACAAGGUGAAGCACAUCCACUCUUUUAUCGUCUCCGCCCAUAUAAAGGUGACGAAAAAAUAUGGCGAGACUUUUAAUAAGUGCAGGUAAGGCGCACGUGAGGAGGAGACAUGGCCGAAGCUGAUGUGAAAAAGGUUUUGCAGUUAAAGCAUCAGCUGAAAGAAUCCUGUGAAGGACACACGCUGCUGAAAAUCUUGAAGAAACUUGAAGCAUUGGACAUUACACUUGAAAUCCUCUCUGAAACUGGAAUUGGAAAAGUCGUCAACUCCUUUCGGAAGCAUGAUGAAGCAGGAAAGGUGGCAAAAAUAUUGGUGAAUCGAUGGAAAACGCUUGUUCCAAAAGACUCUUUAAGUUCGAGAGGAAAGCCUGAUGACGGCCUGACCCAGAAUGAACCGCUUCAUGGAGAAGUUCAAGAGAGGAGCAAACGGGAGAACGGCCAUCUGUCAGAGAAUACCAAUUCAAAAAAGAAGCCAAAAAUGGAGAAUUCCAGUGCUGAAAAGAAAAUCUCUCAUAAUGUUGACAAUAAAUGCAAAAUCAAGCCCAGUAAAUCCAAAUUCUACUUGAAUGAUGAAAAAAAGGAUGAGCCAAAAAGAGAUUCAGGUGUGAAUCAUGACUCUUGGACUCACGGUUCAGGCAAGGAAAAGACCAGCGCUGCGCAUAAAAAGCUUUCUGGUAUUAAAAAUCAGCAGAAUGCCAAACUUGAAAAAUCUAUGAAAGCAACUCAAAUGCAGAAAGAGAAGAGUGGAGACGCAUGCAAGAAAGAAAAGCUGGAGAAAGCCAAAGACAAAUUGGUAGUGAUGGAGAGUGAGAAACCGAUAGAGGAAGGCUUUGAAAUGCCCUCCAUGUCCUUUGAAGCCUACCUGAGCUAUGACCUCGAGCCCCCCAAACGCAAAAAAUGCUUCAGCGUUACUAAAAGUCCAAAAAAGAGAUUUAAAACGGCACACAAAGAGAACUGUGUGUCUCUUGUGAAGGCGAGCAAGGCUGUGGCAGAAGAACCAAUGACAAUGGUUCCUGAGCGGUCCGUGAUGGACUUGUUAAACGUUCCUUUACCAACAAGUUUCCCUGAAUGUGAGGACGUUUCUCAGUAUCAGUACUUCAGUGAAAAGAAAGCUGAUAGAAAGAUCACUGAUGACUGUGAAGAGGCUCCAGUUUUCAUUGGACAGAGGCUGAAGAAUAAGAUGCAGGUGUACUCCGGCAGUAAGAUGACGUAUCUGCCCUCUAUGAUGACGCUGUACCAGCAGUGCAUCCGAGCGCUGCAGAACAACAUCGACUCUCUCUAUGAGAUCGGAGGGGUGCCGUUUGAAAUACUGGAGCCGGUGCUGGAGCGCUGCACGCCUGAGCAGCUUCUGCGGAUCGAGGAGUAUAAUCCUGUGUACAUCGGAGUGACGGACCACCUGUGGGAGAGACACUGUCAGAAAGACUUCAGGAACGCCCGGCUGGAGGAGUACGAGUCCUGGAGAGAGAUGUACCUGCGCUUGUCCGAGGAGAGAGAGAGGAAACUGAAGCGGCUCACCAAGAGCAUCGUCUCUGCUCACUCCGGGAAGCCCAAAGGAAGGCAGGUGAAAAUGGCGUUUAUUCACUCAGCUGCUAAGCCACCUAGAAAUGUACGGAUCCAGCAGGAGAUUCACGGCACGGCCGGCCCCGUGACGCUCCCUCACCCGACAGACAGAGCCAGCAGUGCGAAGCCCAGUGAGAAUCGGGGAAGAUCCGGCUUCAGCGAGCCUUCCAAACCCUCCACCAACACCUCCAGCCAAGCUCAAGACCCCCGCAAGAUUAAAAGAGUGGCGCCCAUGAUGGCGAAGUCCCUGAAGGCCUUUAAAAAGCAGCUUUGUCGCAGAUGAAUGCAGAUGAUAUUGGAUAUACGUGAGAUACACCGUCCCUGGCUGACCCUUAUUGUCUAAAUGGUUUAGAGAGAUUUUUUUUUUUUUUGUUCAAUGUUAUUUGUAAUUCCACAAAUGCUUACAGGAUUGAUGAAAUAUGAUCAACUUAUUCGUAUGAACAAUAAUUGCACUUUGAAAUCAAACUGUCUUUGUAUUGAUUUUUUUCUAUCAUGACGGACACGAAUUGAAUUCUGAAAUUAAAACUAUAAUAACCACAAAAUCUACUUGCUCUGGUGCUUGUCAGUCUGAGUGUACAGUACAGUACAGUAUAUACUCGCACUGCAUGUGUGCUGUUGACCCUCGUGUGUUUGUCUCCAUCUAGUGGAAGUGGGCUGCAGUUUAACUUCACUUCUGAAAUGGAGCAGCUGUUCUGAGGGUCACAGACAGCAGGGGAAUGACACUUGCAAAAUAUAAAAUGACCAAACUAAGCAUAUAAUAAUCAUGCAUACAGUAGUUGUGAUAAUAAGAAAUGUGCACACCAAAUAUCUCAGUUGUUGUAGCCAAAUGUAUUCAAAUCCUGCGUGUUUUUGUUUGUUUGUUUGUGCAAAUUCAUGUUGGUAAUCUGAUUAUACUGAUGCAGUAUUUAGUCCAGUGUUUUGUAAUCUGUUCGAAUGGUUAAACACACUUUCUGCAUGCACAAAUAUUGUGGAAAAAGCUACUGGUCCCAGAUUUAUGUAAAAUCUGAAUCCUGAAGCAAAACCGGUUGAGGCAACAGUUUGAUUUAAAAUAUCUUAUCUGUUGCAAAAGGGAAAACUGUCAACAAAUGAGUGAAUUAACUCUCUUUGAAAUUUGAAGGACGUUUAAAUAUGCUUAAUAAAAGUGUGUGUGUGUGUGUGUGUGUGUGUAUACAGACAGAAAAUGCAACACAUUUAAUCAGGAAAUGUGGACUGGGUCAUGCAGUAGAUCACAUGCAGUGGAAGCGCUUGUUAUUUCAUGUUAUUUCAUCUACAUCACAACUGAUCAUGACUGUAGCCAAAUAAAUUUUUUCAUAUUUGAAAAUAAAUAAAAUUUGAAGUACUCUGAAUGA